UAUUAUACCCCUUUUUCUAAUUCCCCCAAUUAAAAAUUUGCCAAAAUCUGGUCUAGGAAUAAAACUACUAGUCUGGCCGUCUGUAUUGAAUGGACCUAACAAUUUCCAGUUUUCUACCGACUAACUAUUGCUUUUCUUUAACCAAGUAAGUAACUGUUGUUUUCUUUCCAUGCGGAAGAGCUGCUUGAGGGAAUGCUUCAGCCAGAAAUAGAAUCCAAACCUUGGAUUAGUAUGCUCAAUGACUGCACCAGACAUGGUAGGCAUUAUGAAGCCUUGUCCCUUUUCAUUCAGAAGGUACGGUGUUCAUCAAGUUUUGGACUUGAUCACCAAGUUCUUGCAGCCAUUCUCAAAUCCUGCGCUGCCCUUCGGACCACCGCUUUGGGAAGGGCUCUUCACAGUUGUGCAGUGAAACUGGGUCAUUUCUCUUGCCACUUCGUGUCUAAAGCACUGCUCAACAUGUAUUCUAAAUCUGGAGCUGUCGGUGAUUGUCAGAAACUAUUCGGACAAAUGAGCACUUCUGAUCCUGUUGUUUGGAACAUUGUCUUAUCUGGGUUGUCUGGUUAUGGGGACUAUAAUGAUCGAGUUCUUGGUUAUUUUAAUUCGAUGCGUGUUUCCAAUGAAGCAAAGCCUAAUUCUGUCACAGUUGCUAUUGCUCUUCCUGUGUAUGCUCGGUUAGGAGAUAUAGAUGGAGGGAAGAUUGUGCACUCCUACGUGAUUAAGUCUGGAUUGGAGGCACAUACUCUUGUUGGGAAUGCACUAAUAUCAAUGUAUGCAAAAUGUGGACUAGUAAAACAAGAUGCACAUGCUGCUUUUUGUAGCAUUGCUUACAAAGACGUUGUCUCGUGGAAUGCAAUCAUUGCUGGUUUUUCUGAGAAUAAUUUCAUGGAUGAUGCAUUUAGAUUGUUCAGGGAGAUGCUGAAAGGAUCAAUAGCACCAAAUGAUUCAACCAUUGUGAAUAUCUUGCCUGUUUGUGCUUCUUUCACUAAGAAUGCUGCCUGCUACUUGGGAAAGGAAAUUCAUUGUUUUCUGUUGAGAAGGACUGAGAUGGGAGCAGAUGUUUCUGUCUGCAAUGCCUUGGUGAGCUUCUAUUUGAGAGCUGGGCGUAUGGAUAAAGCUGAAUUAGUUUUCAAAAAGAUGGAAUCAAGAGAUUUGGUUUCCUGGAAUGCUAUUAUUGCCGGAUAUGUGGCAAAUGGUUAUUGGUUGAGAGCUUUGGAUUUGUUUCAAGAAUUGGUCUCUGCAAAAAUGUUUGGGCCAAAUUCUGUUACUAUUGUUAGCAUUCUUUCUGCUUGUGCACACUUAAAAGACUUCCAGGUUGGCAAAGCGAUCCAUGGGUAUAUUCUUCGGAAUUCUUGCUUAUAUGCAGAUACAUCGGUGGCAAAUGCCCUUGUUAGUUUCUAUGUAAAGUGCAAUGACCCCGCAGCUGCGUAUCAGACAUUUUUUAUGAUUCCUUGGAGAGACUUGGUAUCAUGGAAUUCAAUUCUUGAUGCCUUGGCAGAGUGUCAAUAUGAUGCUCAGUUUCAGGAACAUUUAAGCUGCAUGUUUGGGGAAGGAUUUAGGCCUGAUUUCAUCACUGUCUUAGCCAUAAUACGGUUUUGUGUCUGUUUUUCAAGUCUAGUAAAGGUUAAAGAAACUCAUAGCUAUUGCCUCAAGGCUGGUAUGUUACUAGAUGAUAGUGAACCUGCUGUUAUAAAUGCGAUAAUUGAUGCCUAUGCCAAAUGUGGUAAAAUGGAAUAUGCUACCAGGAUUUUUCAGAGUUUAUCAGUGAGGAAGAAUUUGGUUACUUUCAAUUCAAUGAUCUCAGGUUAUGUGAAUUCUGGAUCAUAUGAUGAAGCAUUUAUGAUAUUUAAUGGGAUGUCUGUGAGAGAUCUCACCUCUUGGAAUUUGAUGGUUCAAGCAUGUGCUGAAAAUGAUUGUCCUGGUCAGGCUUUCAACCUUUUCCAUGAAUUACAAGCUCAAGGGAUGAAGCCUGAUGCAGUAACUAUUAUGAGCAUCCUUCCAGUAUGUGCUCAAAUGGCCUCUGUUUACUUCUUGAAACAGUGCCAUGGUUAUGCGAUAAGAGCUUGUUUGCAAGAUGUUCGUUUGAAUGGAGCUCUUUUAGAUUUAUAUGCAAAAUGUGGCAGCAUAUGGAGUGCUCAUAAGCUUUUCCAGUUAACUCCUGUUAAGGAUCUGGUUAUGUUCACCUCAAUGAUAGGUGGGUAUGCCAUGCAUGGUAUGGGUGAGGAAGCACUCUGUCUUUUCUCUUAUAUGCUUGAGUUGGGGCUGAAGCCUGAUCAUGUUAUCAUUACUGCCAUUUUAUCUGCUUGCAGUCAUGCUGGCCUGGUAGAUGAAGGGUUGGAAAUAUUUUAUUCACUAGGGACCGCUCAUGGGAUGAUACCAACCAUUGAACAAUAUGCUUGCCUUGUGGAUCUCCUUGCUCGAGGAGGUCGAAUCAGUGAUGCAUAUUCUUUGGUUGCUGGUAUGUCUAUUGAAGCUAAUGCUAAUGUGUGGGGUACAUUGCUGGGUGCCUGUAGAACUCACCACGAGGUGGAAUUGGGUCGUGUUGUGGCAGACCACCUCUUUCAAGUUGAAGCUAAUAAUAUUGGGAACUAUGUGGUAAUGUCAAACCUAUAUGCGGCGGAUGCCAGAUGGGAUAGUGUUAUGGAGGUGAGAAAACUGAUGAAAGCAAGAGAUUUGAAAAAACCUGCGGGAUGCAGCUGGAUUGAGGUAGAGAAGAAAAAUAGCGUCUUCAUAGCUGGAGACUGUUUUCAUCCUAAGAGGAAAAUUAUUUAUAGCACAUUAAGUACCUUGGAUCAACAUAUCAAAGAGCCAUUUCUGUUUGAUAAGAUCAAUAUGGCCACUUACAGCAUUUAGUAGCUUUAUAAAAGAAGGAAAAUGCCACUAAAAUGCCAAUAACCUUUGUUUUGUUGAUCAUAAUCUUGACUGGCUGAAUUCUUUUCCUGUUUUUUGGCGGCAAGGCAUUCUACUUAAGUGGGAUCAAAUCCACUGGAACCUCAAGUGAAUCUAGGCUUUUUGAUUGGAGUUGAUGUUCCUCAACUUUAACAGAUAUACUGGAUAGAAGUAGACAAGAUUUCGGUUGAAUGCGAUUUUGUCAUCGGACAGUUUAAGCCAUUCCACCUAAUCUUGAAUGAUGAAGGUUCAUGGUAGUGUGGCUGCCAUUCCGGUGUGGCACCUAAUUUGAUGUUGUUAUAUCAUGGUACCCCUCAAUGACUUAAAACAACAAUAAUAGUGUUCUUGACACAGUGCAGUCGACCUGUGCUAGCUGGUUCAGAUGACGAAGUAUAAAGGACAAGAAUUGCUUUAAGUUCUCUGAGGAAAUAUUGGUAUUUCGUUUUUACAGAAUAGUCAACCAAUUUUUAAACAAUUUAUUGGAUUGGCUAUGACUAUGAGAUAGCUAGAUUGCCAUUCUCGAGAGUCUGGUCUUAGUUCUUUUCUAGUGGCUUCUCUAAUCGUCUGUCUUCAUAUUGUACUAAUUUCUGCUAAUCAAUAGAUGGACUUUCUGGUUUGAGUUAUUUCUAUAAUUUAUGGUGUGAUUUUACAGGAAUGCCUGUUAAUGAUGCAGAUCUUUCAUAUUUGAAAUUUGCUUGUCUGCAUAAUUAAAGCAUUUUAUUCAGUUUUGGACAUUUAUGGUGGUAUCUCUCUUCUUUUCUGAAGCUUCCAUUCCAUGUAUUCAUAAUAGAUACAAUUCUCUUUGCAUGUAUGAAAUUAAUUACUUAUGCGGCAUCAUUCUUUGCUUUGUUCAUUUCUGGAUUCCUACAAUAUCUAAGUAAGAUGGACAUCUUUUGGUGGCUCUUUAACAAUUCUAAGUUGAUAUUCUAUUCAAUCUUGUUGCAUAUUGUGGACUCUAAACGUGUCUUGCCAGUCUGAUGGGAUCAAAUAGUCCUUAUGACAUGGUAGCAGUUAUUUAUUCUAUGCAUGCGUGUUUGAUAGCAUCUAACAGUAUUUACGCAAUGGAAACCAUAUACUAUAUCCACAAUGAAGUUUCUAAUUUUUACAUCUUAAAUAUCCAUUUUAAUAACAUUCUUCAUAAUGUUUUUAAUAUUAAGUUUAAAAAUUCCUAAUCAUUUUUGAGUUGUUGCUAGAUCUCAGUGUUAGAUGCUGAAGAGAUGGCAGUUGCUUUGCUCUUUUUCAUCUUCUCACGAAUUGGUGACCUUGCGUUUAUGGGGAGUCCCCAUUAUAGUUAUGCCUUAACGUUCUUUAGAGAUUCUAGAAACACGAGACCACCUUAAAAUUCCUCUUGUCAUCGUUAUUCUCAUAUCAGCUUUGUAGCAUAAAUGAUACGCUCUUUUAACACUUCAACUCCUGCAUACUUGCAGCUGCCCUCCAUAUUGUGGCUUUUCUUUCCCACCUUGUUGAUUUACUAGUGCAUUUUGUGUAUCUUUUUGUGUUUUGUUGAUUAUGAAUGCUUGGUUGAUUGUUUAUUAUGGAUUUUAAGCUUGAGAAAUUUUGGUAGUUUGGGGAUAUUAUUUGAUUCUGCAUAUGGGUAAUGUUAGG